UCCGCUCGGCCGCGCCGGGUCACCGAUCCGGGGGCUGCACCGGGGCCCCUCCGCGCCCCCCCACCCCGCGCCGGCGGCACAACCUUUGCACCGGGCAGGGAGCGCCCGGACACGUCACCCGUGGGAGGCCCCACGCCUGCCCCGCUGCAGGGCCGUGCCGCGGGGAGCAGUCCCCCUUUGGAGGGGGGGGGGGCGGGGCGUGGAGGGGCCGUGCCGGAGCGCUGCCGUGCUUCCCCCCCCACUCGCGUGCGUGUCCCCCCCCAGGGUGCUGGGAGCCGGCGUGGGGGAUGGACGAGCGGCUGCGGGAGCUGCGGCUGCGGGAGGAGAGGAGCUUCCUGCGGAGCGUGGCGUGGGGGGACCCCCCCGAGGACCCCCCCGAGGACCCCCCCGGCCGGGCACCCCCGAUUGUCCCCGAGCCCCUCGCCAGUGACGCCGCCCUCUGCGCCCCCAACAGCCCCACGUCGCGCAGGGACCUGGGGCUGAUCGCGGAGGCCGUGGGGCGCAGCGAGGUGCUGCGGCGGCUGGGCCAGGGCUGCCCCGGGGCGCUGGCGCGGAGCCUGGUCCCGCUGCGCCACGCCACGGGGGACACGGUGCUGGCCGAGGGCGCCGAGGGCUCCGCCAUGUACAUCGUGGCAGAGGGGCAGCUCCGCGUGACGCAGCGGGGCCGGCAGCUCCGCACGCUGGGGCCGGGGGACGUUUUCGGGGAGCUGGCCAUUCUCUACAACUGCAAGCGCACGGCCACCGUGCAGGCGCUGAGCCCCGUGCGGCUCUGGGCCAUCGACAGGCACCGGUACCGCGCCAUCGCCACCAGCAACGCCAAGCGGAGACGGGCCGAGAUGCUGAGCUCCCUGCGAGCGGUGCACUGGCUGCGGGACCUCUCCGACACCCACCUCUGGAAGCUGCUGGACGCCAUGGAGGAGUGCACCUUCGCGCCCGGCCACGUCAUUAUCCACGAAGGAGACGAGGGGGAGAACUUCUACAUCAUCCUGAAGGGAGAGGUGCGGGUGAGCCGGCGGGUGGACGGGCAGGAGAAGCUGAUCCGCGUCCUGGGUGCCGGCGAGCACUUCGGGGAGCUCUCCCUGCUGCAGAACAGUCGCCGGACGGCGUCGUGCCAGGCCCAGGGACACGUCACCUGCGUCACCCUGACCAAAGAAGACUUCCUUGAGAUCAGCCCCUUCUGCCCCCCACAGCCCUUGGAGCCAAACACGUCUGAGACAGAAGCACCGGCCCUGGAGGAUCCCGAGCGGGGUUGGGGGUCCCCGAGGCUGCGGCAGCCCCCGGUGCCGGUGCGGCUGGAGGAGCUGGCGGCCGUGUGCUACGAGGAGGGGCAGCGGCAGGGCCAGCGCGUCGUCCUGGGCACCGGCGGCUUUGGCAGGGUCGAGCUGGUGCGGUGCCGGGAGCGCCUCUUCGCGCUGAAGCGGAUCCGCAAGGACUGGGUGGUGCGGACGCAGCAGCAGGAGCACGUGCGCACGGAGCGGCGGGUGCUGGCGGGCAGCCGCAGCCCCUUCCUGGUGGGGUUUUUCGGCACUUUCCGGGACGGGCAGUACGUCUACCUGCUGCUGGAGUUCUGCCAGGGCGGCGAGCUGUGGACCAAACUGCGCGAGGUGCGCUGCUUCGAGGAGCCGCUGGCCGUGUUCUGCUGUGCCUGCGUGGUCGAGGGCCUCGAGUACCUGCACGGCCGCGGCAUCGUCUACCGCGACCUGAAGCCCGAGAACCUCAUGCUGGACCGGCACGGCUACGUCAAGCUGGAGCUGGGGAGGGGGGAGAAGACCUACUCCUUCUGCGGGACCCCCCAGUACCUGGCGCCCGAGAUGCUGCGCCAGGAGGGCCAUGACUUCGCCGUCGACUUCUGGAUGCUGGGCAUCCUCACCUUCGAGCUGCUGGUGGGCAGGCCCCCCUUCCACAGCGCCGACCCCCAGCAGAUCUACAGCCGCAUCCUGGACGGCGUCUUCUCCUUCCCCGCCUUCCUCAGCGAGGCCGCCUGCUCCCUCAUCGCCAAGCUCUGCAGGCGCCGUCCAGGGCAACGCCUGGGGAACACGGCCAGCGGCAUCCGCGGCAUCAAGAAGCACAGGUGGUUCGGGGCCCUGAAGUGGCGGAAGCUCUCGCUGCGGCAGCUGGAAGCACCCACCCUGCGCCUCAUCAAGGAGGGACCCCCCUACAUCAACUUCAAGCGUUUCUCAGUGGACUGGACGCCAGCAGAGGACGAGUUCUCGGGGUGGGAUGAGGAUUUCUGACAGCAGCGGGACCGCCCCCCCCCACUCCGGGUCAGCUGAGCCCCCUCCCCACCGCACCCCU